AUGAAGAGCAACGAAGACAAUGUUUACAAUGGUGUGUAUCCAGUUUAUGUUGAUCCAAUACGACCAUCGGCAUUCACUAGGAAUUUUCAAUCAAAUGAACAACCAAUAUGUACCAAUAAUAAUACUUCAAUCUUUUUUAAUGAUAGACAAUCAAAUAAUCCAUUCUCACCAAAUAUUGAAUCUACAUUUAGUCCAACAGCGAAUCCUCUAGAUUUUUAUUUAAUAAAUGAAUUAAUCAAUUGGCAUAAUAGAAGUUUACGCAAAGAAAUGAUGUAUUUCUAUAUCGCAUUUGGAAUAUUGCUCUUAAUUGGUUUAAUAUUAUUAUUCACAGGCAUUCUUCACUUAACAUGUAGUACUUAUUCUUAUGACUGCUCAUCAGUAUAUUUAGUAUAUCUCAUUCUUGGUGUAAUUCUAGUGAGUAUUGGCAUUAUGUUUGCGUUGACCUGUCUCUGUGCUGAUUGUUAUACAAAACAACAAGUUGAAGAUGUAAAUUUUAGCAUUAAUGGACAACAGCCAGUUGUAUGGCGAUUGGAUGGCGAACAAUGGGUACGAUAUUUGAAUUAUAUACAUGGUCCAAAUCGAAUAUGGAAAGAAAUAGGCCCAUUAUUAUCUUUCUCUUCUAGACGUUCAACUUAUGAACGAUUGAUGAAUCGUCUAUACGGUCAGAUUAUUUUACAUGAAAAUGGUUUAAUAAUUGACGAAUUACAUUUUGUUUCAUUUCGACAAUUUACAUUACAACGUGUAGAAAUACUCUAUAUCGAUCAACAUCCACGAAUAAUAGGUUUAAGAAUACAUACUCAUCAGCAAACAGGAAAAACUUGGAGUAAUUGUUAUUUUGAUUUAUUUGCACCAUCAUCAGUUUCAUUGGAACAAAUACAAGCACUCGCUCGAGCAUACAUUAUUAAAAAAUCUGGAGUUAGUGCACUCGAUUUACGUUUGGAAGAAAUUCAUCUUCCUGGAUCAAUAUUAUCUACACACAGCUAA